UGCGUCUCUGCUGAUUUCUGGAUCCACUAUGGAGCCUGAAGAGCCGGAAGACUCAGCCAUUGACAUCGAGGCUUAUGCGAGCAAUUACACAGGCAACGCAAAAAUCAAUAGGCUCAUCUUCAUCGCUGAGAAGACAAGUGACAGUGCUCUGGCACUUUCUGCCCUGAGGCUUGCAGCAGAUGAUCUAAAGAGGGGACAAAACGUUGGCAAGUACAACGAGGUCAUCUCAAAGAUCAAUAACCGCCUGGGUCCCGACUAUCACUAUGACAGAGAUUGGGCAGAUGCUGUGGAGGCCCGAGCAUCCGCAACACAGUAUAAGCUGGAGAGCGAGCUGAGCGGGUACAAAACAAACCUGAUCAAGGAGAGCAUACGCAUGGGGCACCAUGACAUUGCAGACUUCUUCUUCUCACGCGGAGACCUGCAGUCGGCCUUCAAGAGUUAUGUGCGCUCGCGCGACUACUGCACCACGGCCAAGCAUGUGAUCAACAUGUGCCUGUCAGUCAUCCGCUGCGCUGUGGAGCUCGGCAACUUUGUGCAUGUCAACACGUACGUGGCCAAGGGGGAGCAGUCGCCAGAGGCAGCCAAGGAGACCAUCAUCGCCUCCAAGCUCAAGGCGGCCGGCGGCCUUGCCUCCCUCGACGCCAAGAAGUACAAAAUCGCUGCCAGGAAGUUCAGCGAGGUGUCAUCGGAGCUGGGCAGCAGCUUCAACAACGUAAUAGCGGCGCAGGACGUGGCGCUAUACGGCGGCCUCUGCGCGCUCGCCUCCUUUGACCGCCCCGACCUGCGCCGCAAUAUCAUCGACAACAUCUCCUUCCGCGAGCUCCUUGAGCUCAACCCAGAGAUACGAGAGCUGGUGUAUGACUUCUACGGCUCCCGUUACGCGGCAUGCCUGGCGCGGCUGCAGCGGCUGCUGCCCACGCUGCGCCUGGACAUGUACCUGAGCCCCCACGUAGAUGCCCUCUAUGCUGCGGUGAGAAGCAAAGCGCUGAUACAGUACACCGCCCCCUUCAUCUCAGUCAACCUGCAGACCAUGGCACAGGCUUUCGGCACCGAAGUCGGGGUGCUGGAGAAGGAGCUUGCGGAUCUGGUGGCGGCUGGGCAGGUGCAGGCGCGCAUUGACAGCCACUCCAAGGUGCUGUACGCGCGGCUCACAGACACCCGUGCCGCCACCUUCGAGCGCGCCCUCAAGACCGGCGAGGACUAUCUGAGGGACACCCGAGCGCUGCUGUUGCGCGCGUCGCUGAUGCAGCAUGAUCUAGUGCAGCGCGCGCCGGCCGGGCAGGCCAUGCGCGGCCCCCGCGCAGCCGCCGUAGCAGAGCGCCACUUUGGCGACCACUUCUCAUCUGACCGCGUCUUCCUCUAG